UUGGUGAUAUGAGGGGGAGUCACUGUAUGUAGCUUUUUAAAACUAGACUUUUAUUUGUUUGAGAAGGGUAAUAAAGCGCCCUGGUAGACUUACAAAGUAAUAUAUUAAUUUAUUAUGGAAUAUGGUCAACGUAUUUUGCUUUUCUCGAUAAGGCACUGCGGACCAGCCCAUCAUUGUCCAACCCCUCAGAAGCCGGCGUUCCGUGAGUCACUAGAAAAAUGAUGUAACUUUUGCCGGCGAUUCUCUUACCUUCAAACAUACAAAGAGAAAAAGAAGUUUGUCCUGUCAAACCGCGUGUAGGGGGAACAUUCUAACGCUUUUUGUUGAAUAAAUGGCUCGGUUUCGUGGUGAAAAGACAGCGGCAAACUGCCAGUAACUUACAGUUGUCUCUCCGUUGGACUCCGUACAGUGGAAGAAUGAAUACGGCUCGUCGCUGUUCAUCUUUUCUCAGCCAGCUGUGUGUGUCCUCGAGGGGAGGACCGACAGCCAGGACACAGAUCCCAUCGGGAGAGGUCUCAGUCCCGAUGGGCACACGGUACCGUCACCCCGCUGCGGUCGGGGGAGGAGGAGGGACGUGUCCCCCGCUGAAUCCGAGCGGAUCGACCAACACAGGAGCAGCACCAGUUUAUCCAAUGGGUAGCAACAGCAGCAGGUUGUUUGGUAUGUUGGCCCAGUCCCUAAAGAGCGCCCCCUUGGCCCAGCCAGACCCGUACCUGGAGGAGAACCCAGACCAGGACCCGGACCAGGACCUGGCCGAGAUUGACCCAGACCAGCUGCUCAGAGAGUGUGAGGAAGCUCUGCAGAGACGUCCGGCACGGCCACACCGGGAUCUGGUCUAUCCAAACGGCAUGGCACCCUGCCACCAUAAGCACAACCCCUCCAUACGGAUCAUGCAGUGGAAUAUACUCGCACAAGCUCUUGGGGAGGGGAAGGACGGGUUUAUCCGCUGUCCACUGGAUGCUCUUAACUGGCAGGAAAGGAAGUACCUGAUCCUGGAGGAGAUCCUCACCUACCGCCCUGACAUCCUGUGUCUUCAGGAAGUGGACCACUAUUAUGACACUUUCCAGCCAAUCAUGGCCAGCCUGGGUUACCACGGCAGCUUCCUGGCCAAACCCUGGUCUCCCUGCCUGGAUGUAGAAAAGAACAACGGACCUGACGGCUGCGCUCUGUUUUACCGCCGCUCACGCUUCUCCCUCCAGUCCACGGCUCACCUGCGGCUGUCAGCCAUGAUGCUUCCCACCAACCAGGUAGCCAUUGUCCAGACACUGACCUGCCAGGUAACAGGCCAGCAGUUGUGUGUGGCCGUCACCCAUCUGAAAGCUCGCAGUGGCUGGGAGAGGCUGCGGAGCGCGCAGGGCGCCGACCUGCUGCAAAGUUUAUGCAGCAUAACGUCCCGAGGCGGCGGGAGCAGCCAGAGUGAGAUGGCACCCGCCACCAUCCCUUUGGUCGUGUGCGGGGACUUUAAUGCAGAGCCCACAGAGGAUGUUUACCGGCGCUUCAGCUCCUCCCCGCUUGGCCUGAACUCUGCAUACAAGCUGCUGAGCUCCGACAGACAGACGGAGCCGGCCUAUACCACGUGGAAGAUCCGCCCCUCUGGAGAGAGCUGCAACACUCUGGACUAUAUCUGGUAUACCCAGGAUGCUCUGAGUGUGGAGUGUCUGUUGGACAUUCCCACGGAGGAGCAGAUCGGCCCAGACCGCCUCCCCUCCUACCACUACCCCUCUGACCAUUUAUCAUUGCUCUGUGACAUCAGCUUCAGGGAGGAGCCCCACAGACUGAUGUAAGCUGCAGCAGACUUGGACCAAUAGGAGGACUGGAUGAGUGAACUGCUUGUCCAGAAACAAUACUGAACCUUCACUGUCAAUCAGAGUGAGGAAGAUGAACGUGAUGUCAUGGAGGGACGAGUUAAACCUGAUUGGAGAGUGAAUAAUAUGCAGACAUGAGAUGGACGUAAAUCCAAGUAAGCCUGUGUCCCUUUCUGCAGUGUUGCUGUUAAUUUACAGAUAGACACAAUGGAGGACAGUAGAAGUGAACUGAGACAUUGUGACUUCACUUCCGCUGAACCAAGUCUUUGUAGUUUUAGGAACAAGUUUGGAUUGGAUCCACUGAGUUGUGAACUUCAACUGAAAUGGCAGUGUUUAUCUGCCAAGCUUAUUUAUUGUUUCCAAUACACACAUAAGACGAUUAUCACUUAUUGUUAUUAAAUUAUUCUUUAUACUUUCUAUCAGUCGGUAAUCAACAGGCCCAAACGGAAUUUGCAGAUUUUCUUUUGCUUGUAAUUUGAUGCCCAGUAUUAAUAUAUUCAGCUGAUCCUUCGCAGGUGACGUAGAGUCAAAUGGGGCCUCCUCAGUUCAUCUGCAGUAAAUCAGAUUUUUUGACACAUUUUCGCACUGCAGCACGAACUGCGAACAACACACACCCGUCACACACAUGCACAAGUAAACUCGGAAACUGUUCAGCGGGCACAGAUUCUGUGUGGGCCUGCUAAUCAACAGCUUUUCCUCAUUAAAAUAAGUUAUUUUGCAUUGAGGUUCUUCAGUUUGGUAAUCUUGACAGUGUUAAUGCUGUGCUGUGCAACAAUGAACAUGAGGAGAAAUGUUUGAAAAUAAAGUAUUUAUUUUUUACUCUUA